GGCAACGGUUUUUCCUCAGAUUUGCAAAACCCAGAACCCACAAAACAGGGAAAAAGAAGCACAGUAGAUUUUGAGGUUAUGAAAGUGGGUGGACAUGAAAUUGUAAGAGCAGUUUAGGAAAGAAAGAAAAUGAAGGGGUUGGUGCUUCAUACACCUUUCAUUACAAGAGGGAAGAAGCUUCCUUUGUUAGCUUUGGUAGACACUCUACCAUGCGCUGCCACUAUAUCUAGAAAGGCCAUCUCACCCCCAUUAAGAUGUAGAGAGAUAUCAAGGUUGAAUUUGGUUUGCGGCACAGUCCGAGCCCAGGCAUCAAAUGUCAGUAUCGGAUCUGAGGGCUAUGAAGGCCGGGGAGAAGAAGACAACCAAAAAAUCUUUGCCAAUGGUCCACCAAGUGAUAGUUCAUCUGACAUUGGGAGGCAUCCUAAUCGAAUACCUUAUCCUUUGUCAAUUGCUCUUGUGCUGUUUGCAUGUGCUUUAGUGUUUUCGCUGGUUGCCUUUGUGAAAGGAGGACCUUCAUCACUCUUAGCAGCAAUUGCAAAGUCAGGCUUCACUGCUGCAUUUACAUUGAUAUUUGUGUCUGAAAUUGGAGACAAGACAUUCUUCAUUGCUGCACUCCUGGCCAUGCAAUAUGAGAAAGGACUGGUUUUGUUGGGGUCAAUGGGCGCUCUUGCACUUAUGACCGUGCUAUCUGUUGUAAUUGGACGGAUAUUUCAGUCCGUGCCUGCUCAAUUUCAGACCACAUUGCCAAUUGGAGAAUAUGCAGCCAUAACACUUUUAUUGUUCUUCGGCCUUAAAUCAAUAAAAGAUGCAUGGGACCUUCCAUCAAAUGUAGUUCAAAGUGGUGGCAAGAGCAACCCUGAACUUGAUGAAUUUGUUGAAGCUGAGGAGCUUGUCAAAGAAAAGGCGUCAAAAAAGCUCUCUAAUCCAUUUGAAAUUGUCUGGAAGUCAUUCAGCCUCGUAUUCUUUGCGGAAUGGGGAGACCGCUCAAUGCUUGCAACAAUUGCUCUUGGUGCUGCGCAGUCCCCAUGGGGAGUAGCAGGUGGAGCCAUCGCUGGACACCUACUUGCAACAUCUAUUGCUAUUCUAGGAGGAGCUUUUCUCGCCAACCACAUUUCUGAAAAACUGGUUGGCUAUUUGGGAGGAGCACUGUUCCUAGUCUUUGCUGUGGCCACAUUCUUUGGAGUUUUCUAACAAAGUCUUCUCAAGCCACCAGUGAGAGACGGCCAGACGGAGAGGUCAGCCUCAACAGAACCCUGCCAUCAACAGCCCAGACAGAGUUACUUGCUAAAGCAAAGAGGUAGCAUAAGGAACUUUAGAUUUAUUGUAUGAGAGGCAUAUAAAACACUUCAUAAGGCUCAUGGUUGAUGACUUGUAAGUCAUGCUUGAUAGAGAGAUUUGUAAGAUAACUAGGAUCUUUCAGAAUUCUGGGUCAUUUAGAAAGAAAAAGAUUUUGUACUGUGAUUCUUCUAAGACGCUGGUUUCUCUAUUAUUGUC